AUGUCGCUCAACAAGACCAUCACGCUCAACGACGGCAACAAGAUCCCACAGAUCGGCCUCGGCACCUGGCUCUCCAAACCCGGAGAGGUGGGCAAUGCUGUCGAGAUCGCCGUCAAAGCCGGUUACCGUCACCUCGACCUCGCCAAGAUCUACCAGAACCAGCCUGAGAUCGGCGAGUCGCUCAAGAAGGUGAUUCCCUCGGUCGUCAAGCGCGAGGAGCUGUUCAUCACCUCGAAGCUGUGGAACAACGCCCACCGAGCAGACAAGGUCGAAGCAGCUUAUGACGAGACGCUCAAGGAGCUCGGACUCGACUAUCUCGAUCUGUACCUCAUCCACUGGCCUGUCGCUUUCGCACCUGGUGCCGAUCUCGUACCCAAGACCUCGGACGGUUCUCAGACGGUCCUCGACCGCGAGACUUCCAUCGUCGACACCUGGAAGGCCCUCAUCGCUCUCCAGAAGGCCGGCAAGGUCAAGUCCAUCGGCGUGUCGAACUUCACCAUCGCCGACCUGGAAGCCAUCACCAACGCUACCGGUGUCGCUCCCGCUGUCAACCAGAUCGAGGCCCACCCCUUGCUUCCCCAAGAUGACCUCGUCGCAUACGCCAACAAGCACAACAUCCACUUGACGGCAUACUCUCCCCUCGGCAACAACCUCAGCGGAAAGACGAAGAUCGUCGACUACCCUCAGGUCAGCGAAGUCGCGAAGAAGUACAACGCCGACCCAGCUCAGGUGUUGAUCGCCUGGGGUGUCAAACGAGGCUACUCGGUGAUCCCCAAGAGUGUCACGGAUACGAGGAUCAAGAGCAACUUUGAUCAGCUCGAGUUGAAGGACGAGGAUUACGAGACGGUCACGAGUCUGUACAAGGAGCUCGGCAAGGUGAGGUUCAACAUUCCCAAGACGUACCAGCCGUUCUGGGAUAUCGAUAUCUUUGGCGAGGAGGCGGAGAAGGGGGCCAAGUACACGGUUAAGAGGGAGUAA